CGGUGGAGAGGCGGUUCAGCCCGCAGCGGCACACUGAGCAGCGGCGGCGUCGAGACGGUAGAGCGCGGAGUGACAGGGCGUUAUCUUUUUUUACAUGAUUAAAACACUACACGGGGAGGAAUACGCUCAAGGAUCAAUAGAAACAUAUCAGAAAUACACAGUCCGUCAUGGAGUCCUAUGACAUUUUAGCUAACCAGCCGGUUGUUAUCGAUAAUGGUUCGGGGGUUAUCAAGGCUGGUUUUGCAGGAGACCAGAUCCCCAAAUACUGCUUCCCUAACUAUGUCGGGCGUCCCAAGCAUGUGCGCGUGAUGGCAGGAGCCCUGGAGGGAGACCUUUUCAUUGGACCCAAGGCAGAGGAGCACCGGGGCUUGUUGUCGGUGCGAUAUCCGAUGGAGCACGGCAUAGUGAAGGACUGGAACGACAUGGAGAGGAUCUGGCAGUAUGUUUACUCCAAAGAGCAGCUGCAGACUUUCUCCGAGGAGCAUCCUGUUCUGCUGACCGAGGCUCCUCUCAACCCCAGCAAGAACAGAGAGAAGGCUGCAGAGGUUUUCUUCGAGACCUUCAACGUCCCUGCUCUCUUUAUCUCCAUGCAGGCUGUGCUCAGUUUGUACGCUACGGGUCGUACCACCGGUGUCGUGUUGGACUCCGGGGACGGCGUGACCCACGUGGUGCCCAUCUACGAGGGCUUCGCCAUCCCUCACUCCAUCAUGCGCGUGGACAUCGCCGGGAGAGACGUCUCGCGGUACCUCCGUCUGCUGCUACGCAAGGAAGGCUACAACUUCAACACCUCCGCAGAGUUCGAGGUGGUUCGCACCAUCAAAGAGAGAGCCUGUUAUCUGUCUCUCAACCCACAAAAGGACGAGACUUUAGAAACAGAGAAGGCUCAGUAUGUUCUCCCUGACGGAAGCUCUUUAAAUAUCGGUCCGGCGAGGUUCCGAGCUCCAGAGCUGCUGUUCAGACCCGACCUGAUCGGAGACGAGAGCUCGGGGAUCCACGAGGUCCUGGCCUACGCUAUCCAGAAGUCUGACAUGGACCUGCGACGCACACUUUUCUCCACUAUAGUAUUGUGCGGAGGAUCAACACUGAUCAAAGGUUUCGGGGAGAGACUACUAACUGAAGUCAAGAAGCUUGCACCCAAAGACGUGAAGAUCAAGAUCUCUGCUCCUCAAGAGAGGCUGUACUCCACAUGGAUCGGCGGCUCCAUCCUGGCGUCGUUGGACACCUUUAAAAAGAUGUGGGUGUCGAAGCGUGAAUAUGAAGAAGACAGAGCACGUGCCAUCCACAGGAAGACCUUCUAGUCGGGAGGGGGAGCCGACGUCAUGCGAUCGCCCCUCUCCCCCUCAAGAACUGCCCUCAAACCCCCCCCCCCUUCUUCCUCCCCCUCCCCUCCCUCAUCAUUCUGUCAGAGACUCCCACAUCCCCUGCACCAGUCACCUCCGGGCACCUCUGCAUCAUCCUUAAACAACCCGGCCGCUUCUAAACCGCUGUCCUGCUUUACCCGACACCCAGAGAAACGCACACACACGUUCAUGUGUGCUCGUUUCCAUAUUUACCUCCUUGUCCAUUCACCUCUUUCCCCGCCCCGCCCUCGCCCCCUCCUCCUCUUGUUCUUCCUGCUGUUGGGUGACGGUGAGAGCACCAAUCAUCCUCCAAUCUCCCAAACAUUCACACACACACAAGAGGGCCGUCAGGGUAUCUCAGAGGGCGAUGAUUAGCACUGUGGACUCCUCUCUUACUACAGGCCAUGCUAUACUAUCAUUUAGUCCACAUUAAGGUAUUUGGUAUUUGCUCUCUUGCCUACAAACAAAAACCCUGCAAGGUGUAGAAUAUCAUGAAAUGUCAAUAAACGUGAAUGUUUUUCUUUUUUUUUUUUUUUUUUUGCUACUGUUGAAACUUCCAUUCCAAACCGAAGAUAUAGAUUUUUAUUUGAUGUCCAUUUUGUAGGCUUUUUUUUUUUUUUUUUUUCUUUAAGUUUCUGACAUGAAUUAGCUCGUACAGAACAAAAAAAGGUUUUCAAGUACUAUAAUAAUAUGUAGUGCUAGUGUCAGUGAAGGUAAAGAUAACCACUGUAUUAUAUAUAUCUGGCCUAAACUGCACGUUUUCCAUCCCUGGUGCAAAAGUUAAAAGCGGUUAUAAAAAAAACAAACAAAAAAAAAAUCUCCUCCAGUCACCUCUCAUUAUCUAAUCCGUCGUCAUUCAAUGUUUUUACAUCAACAUGACAUCACGUUUUUUUUUUUUGUGUCGCCGUCGGAGCUUUUUGUCUCAGCUUGACGGGAUUAAAACAAAGUUGUAGGAGAUGCCUUGAUUUUUAAGAAAAUCCAUCAACCGGUUCCACAUUUUUACAGCGGCCUGAGAUGCACAUUUAAAGGAGGAAUCUGGUAUUUUUUUUCCUAAACGGGUCUGAUUCUCUUGUGAGCUUGCAGACUUUAGAUGAAACAACGUAUAUAUAAGGACAAACAGCACAAGCUCUCUAAAUAAACUUUAAUUUUACAGAAAUCAUUAAGAACUUUUGAUUGAAUUUUGAUCUAAAUUGGGGAAAAACAAACAAAAAGGUUGUAAAAUAUCAUCAGCUUUGUGUUCAGCUUUUCAAAAUCAAACCACUAUAGAAACAAACAGACUAAAAAUGUAUAAUUCUCUUUAUUCAGGUGUUUGCUUUUACUUUUUUGUAAAUUCUGUGAACUACAGUAAGAAUUUGCACGUCGACUAUGAAAGUGAAAUGACUCACAAUGAUAAUAAUUCACUGGAUAAUUAGCUGCUGCACUUUAAGACGAUAACGUAAACGAAUCUUUCAUUCGAUUCACACAUGUAAACAAACCAGCGUUAAGCUAGUUUAGCUGGAAGCAGAUGUGUUUUUGUGUCAUUCCGACAUGUAAAUGGCGUUAAAGUCCUAAUUACAACCCAGGAGAUUCAGAUAUAUUCGAUUUGGCGCAUCAUAAUUUGGAAGUGUCUACAAAUUAAACAAAUAUAGACGCAACCAAAGUCCGUUGUUCACAUGGAUCAAACCCACGUUUACCGGACAUGUUCUACACUACAGUAGUUUUAACCCUGAGCUGUCGUGUGACGUCGACGCUCACAAGUUCAAGCUCACAAACAUGGCGGUCCGAUGUGUCAGACACGAGCGUUUGAAACGAUUUCGGUAAAAUUGAAGUUUAUUCUGAAAGCUCUACGCCAAAGUCGUGUUUUCCCCCGAAUUUCCCGAACAGAGAGGUGACGAGUGCAAAGUCUGCAUGACUGGUAGUCAGAAUGGACCCAAUUAUGAGGGAAAAAUACCAGAAUUUUCCUUUUUAAAAAGUUUUUGUUUCAAGUGUUCAGCAGAUACGAUAAAACAAGAAUAGCUGUCCGAGUUAGCCCUCCUGUCUAUUUGAAGCUCUUUGCUUUACUGAGUUGCAUGUCAGUUAAUUGUGUACAGUUACAGAUGUCCACAGAGACAUGAAGCCAGGCUCUGGAGUCUGGACGGUGAAACACUUGAGAAUCCACAGAGAGCAAAUACGGCUGAUGAUUUAGUUUUUGUAUUAUUACUCUUCUUCGCCCCUCCCUCCACCCCGUCUACGUACUAGUAAAGUCUGGGUCUUAUGAUUUCCCUGCAUCUCAAAGGCAGUGAAGGGGUCGUGUCCACACUUCCUGUGUCCGCCUUACUCCAGCCGGAGCGUCCACGUCGUCUGCUUUUGGGUGUUUUUAAAAAGUGAAGAAAAAAAAAAAAAAAAAGGUUGUAAAAUGUCAUCAGCCUUGUGUACAGUGGAAUGCUUUUCAAAAACAACCACCACAGGAACCAUAAGAUAACAGACUAAAAAUGUACAAUACUGUUUAUUCAAGUGUUUGCUUUUACUUUUUCGUAAAUUCAAUAUAAUAAAUAAGUUAAUGGCUGCUG